AGGAUAUGAGGCCCUACAGUGUAGUUGAAAAUGAAGGCUUUCGUCACCUACUACAUACUCUGGAGCCGAAAUAUAGCAUUCCAUCAAGACAGCACUUCAGUGAAAGUUGCAUUCCGAAGCUGUACAGACAAGUGAAAGAGAAAAUACAGCAUACACUAACUGAUGCAGAACGAGUCGCAAUCACUACAGAUGGAUGGACAUCCUGUACAACCGAAGGUUAUGUAACUUUGACCUGUCAUUAUAUUGACACUGACUGGCAAAUGAAGAAUUAUGUUCUGCAGACACGUGUUUUGAAUGACUCGCACACCGGGGUAAAUCUUGGUAAAGUCUUGAGAGAAGCUUGUGAAGAGUGGAACAUACUUGACAAAAAUCCUGCACUGGUCACCGAUAAUGCCAGUAAUAUGGCAAUAGCUGGAGCAGAGGCAAAUCUGUCACCUCACAUUAAAUGCUUUGCGCAUACCAUUAACUUGGCAACACAGAAAGGCCUGAAAUGUGCUGGUGCAACAUGUCUUUUGGGAAGAGUGAGACGAAUCGUGUCAUUUUUUCACCGCAGCACGAUUGGUACCACAGUUUUAAAAGAGAAGCAGAGGUUGCUCGGAAUUCCAGAACACAAGCUUAAACAAGAUGUGAUCACUCGCUGGAACAGCUCCUUUGAUAUGCUGGAAUGUUUUUUGGAGCAACAAGCUGCAGUUUGUGCUUCACUGCUGGACAAAAAACUAAGGAAACUCUCAAAUGACCUGCAGCAUACCCUCAAAGAAAUUAACAUCACUGUUGCUGAAGAUAUGGUUAAGCUACUCUCACCAGUGAAAACUGCCACCACCAUAAUGUGUGAGGAAGAGCAGCCAACUGUAUCUGUUAUUGCCCCUCUUCAAGCUAAAUUGUUGAAACAUUUCACUGUCACAGCUGAAGACUCCAGUGUGAUUACAGAGAUGAAGCAGAUAAUGGCAAAGGAUCUAGAACAUCGAUAUAUGGAUGUGAGACAAGUUCUUUAUAGAGCAUCUGCGUUAGAUCCCAGAUUCAAAAAUCUGCCUUUUUUAAGUGAAGAGGAAAGAGAUGCAACCUUCCAGUUUCUCAUCCAUGAGGCUUCAGAAUUGAUGAUCCAGAAAAAUGACACAGUGUCACAGGUUGAAAAUGCAACGGCUCACUCAUCUGCUGACAAAACUUCUGAUGAUGAUGAUGGCGACCCUGAAAUGAUGCCAGUGUUCCAGGCUGAAACCACUGAAGAAGAACAUGUUCCUCCUUUCAAGAAGUCAAAACCCUUUGAAGAUCUGUUUGGUGACACAUUCUGCACUGCUGACCCUAGCCAGACUGUCAAGACCCCUAAAGAGCUGGCCCAUGCUGAAGUUGUUAAGUACAGAGACACUGCAUCUUUGAACUUGGGGGGUAUGGUGUUGGAAUGGUGGAAAAGUCAUCAAACUGAGUUUCCCCUCCUGGCAAACCUUGCCAAAACAUACAUGUGCAUUCCUGGUACCAGUGUACCGUCUGAGCGCGUGUUUAGCACGGCAGGUGACAUUGUCAAUUCAGAACGCAGUGUCCUCUCUCCUGAACGUUGAUCAGUUGAUUUUUUUAAAGAAAAACCUCUCAAAAGAGACCACUGCACUGUAGCACUUGUUUGAUUCAUAGAUCUUAUGUUGUGUGAAAGAUCAAAUGUCAGAUAAGUUUAAGUUUUAUUUUUGUAUUUUUUUAUAUCAGUUUGUUUUAUUUCAUUUAUUUAUUUAACUAGAGAACCUCAGUUAUUUUCACUAUUUGCACCUCAGUUACUAUUGCACAUGUUGGCACAAAGGACUGGAAGGCUUUAUUGACUUUAUUGACCAUUAUAAGCUUGAUUGAUUUUAUCAAUCUCCCCCCCAUUAUUUAUUUUUAUUUCUGUUGUGUUGUAAAUGUCCCAAUUGGGAAAGAGGGUGCAAUUUUCAAAGUGUUUAAUUAAACAUUCAUGUUAUAUAUC